AUGCUUCGACUAUAUCCCUUAUUCACGAAAACAAUAUUACGAAAUCUUUCCAAACAUGCAUAUCAAAAGACUUUAAAUCUCCCGAAAUCCAAAUUUCCUAGUCAUUCUAAUUUACAAAGGACCAUAAAUGAAUUAAUACCUCAAUGUUCACAAGAACAAUAUAAAACGCAACUUUCUGAAUUCAUUGAUAAAGUCAAUCAGAUAGAUAAUGAUCAAGAUAAACUAGCAUUCAUAAAGAAAAAUCUAUUUAUAUUACAUGAUGGGCCACCAUAUGCCAACGGAGAUUUACACUUAGGACAUGCCGUGAAUAAAAUCUUGAAAGAUAUUAUAAUUAGAUACCAAAAAUCCACUGGAAAAUACAUCUUUUAUAAACCCGGGUGGGAUUGUCAUGGAUUACCCAUUGAGUUGAAAGUAUUGAAAAAUUUCUCAAAAGAUGAAUUACAGAAUGUCUCACCUUUAAAAAUUAGGUCAUUAGCCAAGAAACAUGCUCUCAAGACUAUCAAAGAUCAAAAAAGACAAUUCGAACAAUUUGGAAUUUUCACAGAUUGGGACGAUCCAUAUAUCACUUUGAAUAAAGACUAUGAACUUAAUCAAUUAAGGAUAUUCCACAAAAUGUUUAAGUUAGGUUUGAUAAAAAGACAAAAUAAACCUGUAUUUUGGGGCACUGAAACGAAAACGGCCUUGGCGGAAAGUGAGUUAGAAUAUAAUAAAGAGCAUAAAUCUACAUCAGCUUAUGUACAAUUCCCCUUGAGUAGGAAGUCACAAACUUUAUUCCUCGAGAAGUUGGGCAUGACUGUGGGGAGCAUGAAUUCAAUCGACUGUUUGAUUUGGACUACUACACCUUGGACUUUGUUUUCUAACAAAGCAAUAUGUUUCAACAAGCAUUUUGAAUACUCACUAGUGACAUCCUCAAAAAGUGCAGAAAACUAUAAUAAACCUGAUUUACUAAUCAUUGAAACUAAUCUUAUUUCACAAGUAUAUAAACAAAAAGAAGAUUAUACAAUUUUAAAGACAUUUUCAGGUGAAAUCCUAGAAAAUUUACAUUAUACCAACCCAUUAUUAUCAAAUAAUUUGGAGUAUCCAUUAUUACAUGCGGAUCAUGUCACUAAGGAGGCAGGAACUGGGUUAGUUCAUACUGCUCCCGGUCAUGGUGCGGAUGAUUAUCUCCUUGGUAUUCAAAACAACUUAAUCAUAUAUUCACCCAUAGACCACGAAGGUCGUUAUAAACUAUCUGAACUGCCAGAUAAUGUGCAACAAUUGCUCAGUGAUAAUGAAUCAUCAUCCCCAAUACCUGUAGGUCGCUCUGUAUUAGACCCGAGAACAACUAAAUUGAUACUUAAUAAACUAGAUGAAUUAGAAAUGCUGUUUGGUUGCAAAGAAUUAGUACAUUCAUACCCUUAUGAUUGGAGAUCAAAGAAACCAGUCAUCCUUAGAGCUACACCACAAUGGUUUUUAAAUUUGAAUAAAGUUAAGACAUUGGCUAUGGAAAGUCUUGAUAAGAAAGGUGUUGAAUUUUUCCCUGAAAGAGGGAAGACAAGAUUAUUAUCAUUUAUAAAGAAUAGAAAUGAAUGGUGUAUUUCGAGGCAAAGGGUUUGGGGUGUUCCUAUUCCUGCAUUCUAUAAGAUUUCCAACCCUGAUGAAUUAUUAAUGACAGAAGAAAUAAUAGAACAUGUGAUAAAAACAAUUGAAAGUAACGGGAUAGAUAGAUGGUUUAACGAAUCGGUUCCAACUGAAGAGUGGUUACCCGAGAAAUAUCAGAAUAUAGCAAACGAGUACAAGAGAGGUUUCGAUACAAUGGAUGUUUGGUUCGAUAGCGGUUCUUCUUGGAAAGUAAUUGAAGAUUUUUAUAAAAAUACACUAAAGUUAAAUCCAGCUUACCGCCCGAAACAUUUGUUUGACCUUUGCUUGGAAGGUUCAGACCAACAUAGGGGUUGGUUUCAAAGUUUAUUAUUGACAAAUAUUGCGAUGACUAUGAAGAAGGUAGCUCCAUAUUCGGAAGUUAUUACACAUGGUUUCACUUUAGAUGAAAACGGUAUCAAGAUGUCUAAAUCAAUUGGUAAUACAAUUUCCCCAAAAGAUGUCAUUGAAGGCAAUGCAAAAAUUGAUAUAUUACCUUUAGGUGUUGAUGGUUUGAGAUAUUUUGUCGCAUAUUCUAAUUUCACAACAGAUAUUACAAUAGGACCUAAUGUGAUGAAACAUGUUGCCGAAGCCCUUAAAAAGAUUAGAAUAAGUUUCAAGUUUAUGCAAGGAAAUUUGGAAAAAAGUGAAGAUUUCAAGCUAAUUCCUAUUGAUGACUUGCGACCUAUCGAUAAAUUUGUGUUAAGUAAUUUGAAUGAGUUACUCGUUAAUACGAAGCAACUAUAUGAAGAAUAUAAUUUUUCGAAGAUUUUGACUCUUCUACAACAUCAUUUGACAAAUGAAUUAUCAGCUGUUUAUUUUGAUAUAUCGAAAGAUUCUUUAUAUUCCGAUUCCAUGACUAGCAAAAAAAGACAGAGUAUCCAAACUGUCUUGUUUUCCAUCUUACAAGUAUAUUGUAAUAUAUUAUACCCGAUUCUGCCUACAUUGGUCCAGGAAGUAAGAAAUAAUAUACGGAAAGAAUGGAUAAAUAAUAAUAAUACUGCUUUUAUUCCAUGGGAAGGCUUCCAACUAUCACACAACAAUAGUACACAUUUUCAAGAGAAGGAAAUGCAAAUUCUAAAGAAGUUUCAGGAACUCAUGGGUUCAAUGACUGACCCACCAAUUGACUCUACGCAGGUAUGCGCUAUACUUUCUACGAAUAAUCCUAAAGAACUUCCAUUUACAUUAGAGGAAAUAUCUGAUCUUUUGCAAGUGGCAGAAGUCAGAAUAUGUUCUUCAGAAAUAGCUUCAAUGCAUGAUGUACCUCAUUCUAAAAUACUGCUGAAUAACGGUACAGAAUUACAACUAUCGUUAACAAAAUCGUCGUUACAUAAGUGCCCGAGAUGUUGGAAACAAAGUUCGAAUGAAGCUGAUACGUUAUGCCAUAGAUGUAAGGAAGCUGUCAAUGAACAAGGCAAUACGUGA